UCAAGGUCAUACCACCAAUAAUGUUGAUUUUCUGAUUGUUGAUUUGGAGUACACCUAAAAAGGAACUUCGACAAGCCAAUUAACGGCCCUCGCCAUGAAGCUGCCGGUGAUUUGUCGCACUUGCGACUCCACGGACACCGACAACCUUCUAAAGCUGGCCACGCCCUCGAAAAAGUAUCCGGACAAGCUGCUCUCGGAGAUUCUGUGCGAGCUGACCGAAAUCAAUCUGGAUGCUACCGGAAGCCAAGAACUGCCCCAGUGCUUGUGCAGCGGCUGCACCAAGAAACUUCUGGGUGCCUACUGCUAUGUGAAGCAGGCGCUGGCCGCCAACGAAUUGCUGAUGAAGCACCUGAAAAACGGAGCUGCCGCACCUACUACCGACUGCCUGCAAGAGGCGCCAAUGGAAAUGUGUGCCGAGCAGCAUGUGGAAGUUAAAAUGGAGACAGAAGACGAGGACGGUGGCGACAACGAUGUUAGCAUUACUUGCUGUGAAGUCCCAGAACCGGAUGAAAUGGAUGAAACGCAGAGCAAGAAGGAUAUCGAUCCUCUGACUAUGAUCGAAACCGUCAAGUUAGAAAUAGGACAUCCAGUCACUGAAAAGCCAACGGAAGAAGAAUUUGAUUCGGACUUUGAUGAUGAGGACUCCUUGGAUAAUCUGACUCUAGAUAAGCGCAUUCAAAGAUGGAAAACGGGAAGGAAGCCUAUAUUUAAAUGCCUAGACUGCCCGAGGAGUUUUAAGCGUGUAGAGUUUCUCAGGCGUCAUGAAAACCGCGUCCACAAAAAGGAAUCCCGUUCUUUUGCAUGCUCUCUGUGCGUUCGUAAAUUCAGCCACAGCGAAGCCCUCGAAGCGCACUUGAAAGUACACCGGAACUCAAAGCGAUCGGCAAACAUAAGCGAGCACAAGAAGGCCAAGGCCGUAGACGUGAAUCUCUGCAAGCCACAUGGUUACAAGCUAAUUGAGUGCAUGAUCUGUCAAAGCCAAUACAACAAGAUUGCCGAUCUAAGACGGCACUUGGAGGAGCAUCCCGAAAUAGUCAGCCUGUGUGAUCGGAGAAAUGUGGAGCCACACGAGAUGGCGGAACUGUUUUAUCCGGAUUCAAAGGACCUUGGCAAGGAGCAGUUAAUUAGCUUGAUACGUAGAGAUCUGGCAGCCGGUAUUUAUCAUCGUUUUUAUUCGAUAACCAAUCAGAGUGGCUAUGAAAUGGAUCUAGACAGCUCGGAAACGGACAGUGAACUGGAUGGAGAUCCCGAGGAUCAGCAAAGAAGGCGAAAUAAAAAGACCCGCAAGGCCGGCUACAGCUGCGAACUUUGUCAUCAGAAAUUUCCUCGAAAAUAUCUGCUGUAUGACCACCAGCGCCAGAGCCACAGUUGGUCAGAGGCACCUCAUGUCUGUGGGCGGUGUGAUGGCCGCUUCGUUAGUCUGCAGCUGCUACGGCAUCACAACGAGUCACAGUGUCGGAAUGGGCACAAGCGAUUCCUUUGCCACAAAUGCCCGCUUCGCUUCCGAUGGAAACAUAAUCUGAAAGCACAUUUCCGUGAGCACAGGAUUACAAAUCAGACCUUUGAGUGUCCCGAGUGCAAGAGAGUGUUUGACAAAAAGAAAUCCCUUACCGUUCACCUGCUCAGCGUCCAUGCAGAGGAAUCGAAACUGAUUCCUUGUCAAUGGUGUAGUCGUAAGUUCUACCGCCACGACUAUUUGGUGAAGCACUUGAAACGCCAUGGGCUCAAGGAGCAGGACAUUCCACUGGCCGAGACCUUGAUUGCGGCCACAUCACGGCCGAAUGGAGCGAAACGCAUCACCUGCCGGAUGUGCAAUCUGCAUUUCGACCGUAUUUGCGAUCUGCGGGCCCAUAUCCAGCUAGAGCUAAAGUUGUCCCUUUCGCUGCACCAGAGCUACGAUUCCCUUCAAAAUUACUCGAUAACAAACGAGUCCGGGUUUGAGUUGCAGCUGGAGGAUUCGGAGACGGAAGACGAAAUGCAAACGCCUGGUGGCAAUCGUCCCGUUUAUAUCUGCGAGAUUUGCAGCGUGCAGUGCAAGCGGAAAUUUGAAAUGAUCCAGCACCAAAGGACUAUGCACCGCUUUGACAAAAUGCCACAUGAGUGCGAUGACUGCGUCUUUAAAUGUGUGUCCAAGAGUAUAAUGGACUACCACCGUCAGGGCCAGUGCAACAGCACAGAAAAGAAGCAUUCUUGCGGCAAGUGCUCUUACAAAUUCAUGUGGCCCGAGAAUCUGGAACAGCACGUUCUUCUGCAGCACAACGUAUCCUCAUCCAGUAACACGUCAGCCGUCGGACGAACGAUUGGAGACAACGAUGUGGACAAGGAUAAUGCAGAAGAGGGGGUACCGUUGUUGCAGUGUCCACAUUGCGAUCGCACCUACCAAAUGAAAUCGCGCCUUAAUAACCACAUCCGCGAUGUACAUGUUAACGGUGAUCGCAAGCGCAAAGAGGCGAUUAAACGCUUCCUUUGUUCCCUGUGCGGCAUGGAGACCCGAUCUGCCGCUGCCUUGGUGACCCAUAUGCGUCGCCACACCGGCGAGAAACCUUUCAAAUGCGAUCUGUGCGAGAUGGCCUUUCCCCGGCAUUCGGAGCUUACCUCACACCGUCGCAUGCACACCGGCGAGAAGCCAUACCAUUGCACCGUCUGCGGCAAGGACUUUGCCCGCUCCGACAAGCUCAAGCGCCACAUGCUCACCCACAGCGGGCUCAAGCCGCAUAAGUGCACCUAUUGCGACAAGAGCUACCGCCAGGCCAAGGACCUGAAGCUUCACCUGCAGCAGCACACCGGAGAAUGUCCCUUCGUAUGUGGCACCUGCGGUGAACGCUUCAUCCAGAGCAGCACACUGGAGAAGCACAGGCUAAUGCGCCGCCACUUCGACGAGGUAGAGGCUUGGUUAAGGCGGCAAAAAUAGGGGACUCUUGCAAUAAUUAAAGU